UAUAAUAAUUUCUAUACAAACACUAAUAAUUAAAAUGUGAAUUAAGUUCACUUAUAAAACACACUUGAUCAAUUUUGAAUAACUAAUUAAGUCUAAAUGUAAUCAUGGUGUUUAAUUUGUUACAUAAACAACUAGAUUAAAAACUUGACAAAAGGCUUUCUACACAAUAAGUCGACACUAUUGGCGGUCUCGAAGACGUUCACCGAUGAGAUCCAAUUGGGACUGGCGUUGAGGCCGCCGAUGCGGUCGUCACUUAUUAUGGCCAACACUUUUGUCACACAACUGCCGGACGGCACCGAACGGGGCGACUAUAUCUCGUUAGACUUGGGCUCAACCAACUUUCGGGUAGUGCUGUCCCGGUUUGGCACCAACUCUAACACUACGACACCGUCUGAACCCGAGUUCAGUGUCAAACACUAUACGGUGCCGAAGGAGUUCCGGAGGGGAGAGUCAGCACAAUUAUUCAACUUUUUUGCCGACUGUAUCGCCGACUUUGUGGGCACAUACCUGCCGGACGCCGCCGCGCAUACCAUACCCCUGGGCUUUACCUUCUCGUUCCCAAUGAAACAACGCUCGAUCGACGUGGCAGUGCUCGAAACGUGGACCAAGGACUUUGACUGCCCGGACGCCGUGGGCCGGGACGCCGCCCAACUGCUCCAGGAGGCCAUCGACCGGCACCGGCCGGCACUGAACGUACGUCUGGUGGCCAUAUUGAACGACGCGACGGGCACUUUGGUUCAGGGCGCCCGACUCGACCCCACGGCGGCCGUGGGUCUAAUACUGGGCACCGGGAGUAACGCGUGUUAUAUCGAGCAAAUAGAU